AUGUUUCUGGUUCAGGAAGGCAAUUCUUCUCAUAAGAUUUUUUUUCCGACUGAUACUAGUAGUCCUUUGCUGCUCAGUGGAACAGCAUCAAGUGAUAUACCAUGGGCUGUUAAGCUGGAAGACAAAGCCAAGUAUGAUGCUAUUUUUGACAGCCUAAAUCCUGUUAAUGGACUACUGUCAGGAGAUAAAGUGAAACCUGUACUCCUCAACUCAAAACUGCCAGUGGAUAUCUUAGGACGAGUGUGGGAAUUGAGUGAUAUUGACCGAGAUGGAAUGUUGGAUCGCGAUGAAUUUGCAGUUGCCAUGUUCUUGGUGUACUGUGCUUUGGAGAAGGAACCAGUGCCAAUGUCCUUGCCUGCAGCUUUGGUGCCACUAUCCAAGAGAAAACCUGUUAGUGUUCCAGGAGCAAUGCCGUUAAUUCCUUCUUCAGCAUCUUCCAAAGAUUCUCAUCAGUCCCUGCCACCUGUAGGCAUUUUAGCUGCCAAAACACCAUUAACACAGUGGGUUGUAUCGCCUGCAGACAAAAUUAAGUAUGAUGAGAUCUUUGUGAAAACUGACAAGGACAUGGAUGGAUUUGUGUCAGGUGUGGAAGCCAGAGAACUAUUCUUGAAGACAGGACUGCCUUCUGCUCUGCUUGCACAUAUCUGGGCUCUGUGUGACACAAAGGACUGUGGGAAGCUUUCCAAGGAACAGUUUGCUUUGGCUUUCUACUUAAUUAAUCAGAAAUUAACAAAGGGCAUUGAUCCACCUCAAGCUCUGACUCCAGAGAUGAUUCCACCUUCAGACAGGAGUGUCACAUUGCAGAAGAAUGUUCAAGGACUGAAUUCUGUAGCAGAUUUUUCUGCAAUUAAAGAGCUUGAUACAUUGAACAAUGAAAUAGUAGACCUGCAGAGGUAG